AAAAGUUGGCUAUUUGUGCAAGUAAAGGUAGCAAAUGUACGUCGCCCUAUUUUGAACGUUCGGUUCUGUUUCUUCCCCACUUCUCUCUGCCGUCCGAUCUCAGUGUGUAACGCAGUCAAACACCAAGCUAUAGAAGCCAUCACAAAGCGCGCCAAAUACAAAAUAAACCUCCUUUUCCCCUUCCUCUUAUUUAUCCUCUCUACUGAUUAAGAAAGCAAACGAAAAAAAAUUAAAAAAAAAAAACACAGAAAAUUUCUGAUUCAGCUGUAGGGUCAUCUGUCAAGUAACUAAGGGUUUUGAUAGUAGUGUUUGAAGAUGGCGGAAGCACCGGCGAGUCCAGGAGGUGGUGGAAGUCAUGAGAGUGGAGGUGAGCGGAGCCCACAAUCGAAUGUGAGGGAACAUGAUAGGUACCUUCCUAUAGCAAACAUUGGUCGCAUCAUGAAAAAAGCAUUGCCUGCUAAUGCUAAGAUUGCUAAGGAGGCUAAAGACACUGUUCAGGAAUGUGUCUCUGAGUUCAUCAGUUUCAUCACCAGCGAGGCAAGUGACAAGUGUCAGAAAGAGAAGAGAAAGACAAUUAAUGGAGAUGAUUUAGUAUGGGCACUGACCACCUUAGGAUUUGAGGACUACAUUGAGCCACUAAAGGCCUAUUUGAUUAGGUACAGAGAGAUGGAGGGAGACACCAAGGGAUCUGCUAGGGGUGGAGACGGGCCUGCUAGAAUUGAUAUAGUUGGAGGUCAGCUCGAUUCCAGUACACAGUUCGUCUAUGAAGGGUCUUUUACACACGGCUUAGACUAUGGGAACUCCCAAAUGUGAACUUUUGAAGGGUUUUAAGGUAAGACAAGGAUGAAGCACAAAAUUUUGGGGGAACUGCAACUGAACUGUAAAUUACUAUCGGCACUGAAUGAAGAAUAUUACAUUUUGUUUUGCUGAACAGAGCUUAAUAUUCUUCCUUCUACGAUGCUGUCCUGAAGAACAUGUGCGCAUCGAUAAUCUAAUUUAAGUCCUAAUUUUUGUUCGUCAAUUUGCAGAAGAACGACGGUGCAGAUACGAGUAUCUUUCGCCUUCUGCUCUUGCUGUUCUAUGUGCUAGACCACUCAAUGGUUACAGUGUUAUUUGUUUGAAAGCACUAGUAACCUAAAGUAUGCUGCAAAUCUUGAAUUAAGCUAUACUAACACUAUUCUCUUUUGUACUUCUCUUUUAAGUACUUUGAUGAUCUGUAAAUGCAGUUGACUUUUAAUGUUAGACUGAUAACAAUCUUCUUUUUCUGCAAUAUUCGCCAUGUUCUAAGGUUGAAUGACCUUAGCUUAUUGUUUGA